GGCAGGAAGAAAGCUCUUCUGAUCGGGAUCAACUAUGCAGGGACUCGCAAUGCGUUGCGGGGUUGCAUCAAUGACGUGGAAAACAUGCAGCAGCUGCUCCGAAAGGAGGGAUUUCGCCGAGAGGAGAUGGUGAUCCUGACAGACGACGGAAGAGGCGAUGCGAUGCCAACAAGGAACGAAAUCCUGCGGGCUUGUCAAUGGCUGGUAGCUGGAGCAGGGCUAGGGGACGUCUUGUUCUUUCACUUCAGCGGUCACGGCUCUCAGCAGCGGGACGACAGCGGGAUGGAGUCUGAUGGAUACAACGAGACCAUUGUUCCCUGCGACAUGCAGCAGAUCGUGGACGAUGAACUGUGGAACAACCUGGUCUUCCCUCUCCCCAGCGGUGUCCGGCUGACCGCUGUGAUGGAUUGCUGUCACUCGGGGACAGGCCUGGAUCUCCCGUUCACAUGGAAGCACAACCGAUGGUUGGAGGACGAGAACCCUUCCCACUCUUGCGGAGACGUCCAGCUGUUUUCGGGCUGCCAGGACGACCAGACCUCGUCGGAUGGUGACGUUGAGAAGUUCAAGAUCGGCGGGGCCAUGACCAACGCCUUCAUCCGUGCUUACAAUGCCCAGCCCUUCCAGACUUACCCCGAGUUUCUCAGCCGACUCAAGUCGAACUUGAGGUCUGCAGGUUUCGGUCAGGUUCCUCAGCUCUCGUCGUCUCAGGCCUUCGAUGUCAACGAAAAGGUGUUCUCCCUGGUAGAGGGCAUCGUACCCAACACCAAUGUCACAAUCGGGAGGUUGCAGAGGAGGAAGAUUCGCCCCAAG